CCGAGGAGGCGGCGGGCGGGGGGAGUCGCUGCGGCCGCCGGUGGCGGCAGCGCCCGCAGCAGCAGCAGCAGUAGCAGCAUCAUCAUCACCACCACCACCACCACCACCACCAUCAUCACUACCAUCACAGGGGAGCGGCAGCGGCCUCGGCCCCGGCCCCAGCCCCACCAGGAGGGCGGCGGCGGCGGCGGCCCCGCGCAGGCUUUGCCGCGGCAUCACCCCGGCAGCGGUCGCGCCGCGUCGGGCUGUAAGAUGGCGGCGGCGGCGGCGGGCGGGGGCGGCAGCGUGAACCCCUUCCUCAGCGACUCCGAGGAGGACGAGCCCGAGGAGGCGCGGGCCGGCGGCGGCAGCAGCAGCAGCACCGAGCCGGGCGGGCCCGCGUACCCGCAGCCGCCGGCGGAGGCGGCGGGGAGCCCCGAGGAGCUGCCGGGGCUGCGAGCGGCGGCGCCGGGCGAUGCCGCCGCGGGGGCGGGGGAUCCGCCGCGGGUGCCGAUGGACGCGAUAGCUGCGCAGCUGCUGCGGGACCAGCUCCUGCUGACAGCGCUGGAACUGCACACGGAGCUGCUGGAGAGCGGCCGGGAGUUGCCGCGGCUCCGAGACUUCUUCUCCAACCCGGGCAACUUCGAGCGGCAGAGCGGCACGCCGCCCACCGGCGGGGCCCUGGGCAGCCUGGGCAGCGGUAGCGGGCUCGGGGGAGCCGGCGGCAGGGAGCCCGGGGCCGGGCAGCUCAAUCGCGCUGGAAGCAUCAGUACUCUUGAUUCCUUAGAUUUUGCAAGAUACUCUGAUGAUGGCAAUAGGGAAACAGACGAAAGAGUAGCAGUCCUGGAGUUUGAACUACGGAAAGCCAAGGAGACCAUACAGGCCCUUCGAGCCAACCUGACUCAGGCUGCAGUUACUUUUUUUUCCUCCCCAGAAAAUGAAGUUCCUUUGCAGGAACGAAAAAAUUAUAAAUCAAGUCCUGAAAUUCAGGAGCCAAUCAGACCUCUUGAGAAAAGAGCUCUAAACUUCCUAGUUAAUGAAUUUUUAUUGAAGAAUAGUUACAAGCUUACAUCAAUAACAUUUUCAGAUGAAAAUCAUGAUCAGGAUUUUGAACUUUGGGAUGAUGUAGGAUUGAACAUUCCAAAACCUCCUGACCUGUUACAACUCUACCGUGACUUUGGAAACCAUCAUGUUACUGCAAAAGAUGUGGUGGAUGCAUCAGUUGGUGUAGAAGACGAUGAGUUAGAGGCUGAUACUCCUAUACUUGGGACCGUCCCUGUAUUUGAAACAACACCACAGUCAAUAGAACAAUGUUUAAUAGUGCAAAAAUUAGAAGAUCAAAUCAGUGUGUUAAACAGUGAGAAAUGGUCUUUGAUGGAACAAAUCCAAAGACUUGAGAGUGAAAUAGAUCUUCUCAAGAAUGAAAACUUUGCUGUGUCAACAGUUUAUGGUGUAGCUCCCCAUCCUUUAAAACAAGUGCCUCUCACAGUCUCAGAGGACAAUGGACGGUACUUGGAUAUCAAGAGCUCUGAGAAUGACAAUAAACAUGGAAACACCGAGGAAACAAGCCUUGCUUUAUCUGCUGAAGUGGACUCAAGGACUUCUAAAGACGAUAUGCUAAAUUCUGUGCCCUGUAAAGAGACAGAGAAACUGUCCUCACGUGCUCCAUCGUCUAAAACUGCAGUCCACUUUGAUAAACCUAAUAGGAAAUUGUCACCAGCUUUCCAUCAAGCACUACUGUCUUUCUGUCGGAUGUCAGCAGACAGCCGUUUGGGAUCAGAGGUAUCUCGGAUUGCAGACAGUGAAAAAAGUGUCAUGUUAAUGUUGGGACGCUGCCUGCCUCAUAUUGUUCCUAAUGUGCUACUUGCAAAGCGAGAGGAAUUGAUCCCACUCAUACUGUGUACAGCCUGCCUCCAUCCUGAACCCAAAGAGAGAGAUCAACUUCUACACAUACUGUUCAAUUUGAUCAAACGACCAGAUGAUGAGCAAAGACAGAUGAUACUAACUGGAUGUGUGGCAUUUGCCCGACAUGUUGGACCAACACGUGUAGAAGCUGAACUUUUACCACAGUGUUGGGAGCAGAUCAACCACAAAUACCCAGAGCGACGGCUACUGGUAGCAGAAUCCUGUGGAGCUCUUGCACCCUACCUUCCAAAAGAAAUCCGUAGUUCGUUAGUACUUUCCAUGCUGCAACAAAUGCUAAUGGAAGAUAAGGCAGAUCUGGUACGAGAAGCUGUGAUCAAAAGCCUUGGCAUCAUUAUGGGCUAUAUUGAUGAUCCAGACAAAUAUCAACAGGGCUUUGAAUUGCUGCUUUCAGCUCUAGGAGACCCUUCAGAACGUGUGGUUAGUGCAACACAUCAGGUAUUUUUACCUGCUUAUGCUGCCUGGACAACAGAACUGGGAAAUCUACAGUUCCAUCUUAUACCUACACUGCUUAAUAAAAUUGAAAAAUUGCUCAGGGAAGGAGAACAUGGCUUGGAUGAACAUAAGCUUCACAUGUAUCUGUCUGCUCUGCAGUCAUUGAUUCCUUCACUGUUUGCACUGGUGCUACAGAAUGCACCUUUCACAAGCAAGGCUAAACUUCAGGGAGAAGUACCACAAAUAGAAGACAUCACCUCCAUGGUGUUAUCGUCUUCUUUUGUUCACGAUUGCUUGUUCUCUGCUGUUACAGUCACUAGAUUCCCCCGACCCGUAUCGCCGCUUCAGGAUGUGGCCAUCAUCAUUGGAAGCCGCGAGCAAUUAGCGGUGUUGUUGCAACUCUAUGACUAUCAGCUAGAACAUGAGGGUACCACAGGCUGGGAGUCUCUGCUAUGGGUAGUCAAUCAACUGCUACCACAGCUUAUAGAAAUAGUGGGCAAGAUCAAUGUAGCAUCAACUGCCUGUGUCCAUGAGUUCUCUAGAUUUUUCUGGAGACUUUGUAGGACAUUUGGGAAAAUUUUUACAAACACUAAGGUAAAACCACAGUUCCAGGAAAUCUUAAGACUGUCUGAGGAAAACAUAGAUUCCACAGCAGGUAAUGGAGUGCUAACAAAAGCCACCGUUCCCAUCUAUGCAACAGGGGUCCUUACAUGUUAUAUUCAAGAAGAAGACCGCAAGCUGUUAGUUGGAUUCCUAGAAGAUGUAAUGACCAUGCUUUCACUAUCCCAUGCUCCUCUUGAUAGCCUGAAAGCUUCCUUUGUGGAACUAGGUGCAAACCCAGCUUAUCAUGAGCUGCUUUUAACUGUUUUAUGGUAUGGAGUUGUCCAUACUUCUGCUCUUGUUCGAUGUACAGCUGCUAGAAUGUUUGAGCUGUUGGUGAAGGGGGUUCAUGAAACUCUGGUAGCUCAGAGAGUUGUUCCUGCUCUCAUUACUCUCUCCAGUGACCCUGAAAUUUCAGUAAGGAUUGCUACAAUUCCUGCUUUUGGGACCAUCAUGGAAACUGUUACUCAGAGAGAGCUUCUGGAGAGAGUAAAAAUGCAGCUGGCAUCUUUCCUAGAAGACCCUCAAUAUCAAGACCAACAUUCUUUACAUACAGAAAUCAUAAAGACAUUUGGAAGAGUUGGACCUAAUGCUGAGCCCAGAUUUAGAGAUGAAUUUGUUAUUCCACACUUGCACAAGUUAGCCUUGGUCAACAACCAGCAGUCUGUGGAUUCGAAGAGACUGGAUAUCGCUACCCACCUGUUUGAAUCCUACAGUGCUCUUUCCUGUUGUUUUAUUUCAGAGGAUUUAAUGGUCAAUCACUUUUUACCAGGACUGAAGUGUUUACGAACUGACAUGGAACAUCUCUCACCGGAGCAUGAGGUUAUUUUGAGCUCCAUGAUAAAAGAGUGUGAACAGAAAGUGGAAAACAAGACCGUCCAAGAACCACAAGGCUCGAUGUCAAUUGCAGCGAGUCUGGUGAGUGAAGAUACAAAGACCAAGUUUUUGAACAAAAUGGGCCAGCUGACUACAUCAGGUGCAAUGUUGGCUAAUGUGUUCCAGAGGAAGAAGUAAGACGGGAAGAGGAACUCCCAGCUAACACUAAGAUGGACCUCACAGAGACUGGUUCCUGUACUUGAAGUACUUGCCUUUUAAUUUCUUCUGUCUUAUGUUCUUGUAGUAUAAUUUUAUUCUAACCUCCAAAGAUAUUUGCACUGCUUUUGAAUAUCGCUGUGUAUCUGUUAAUUUUGGGUUAACUGUGGUUGAUAUAAAACUGAAAUCAUAGUCUGUACCGAGUCCCUGUUCUGUGUUCUUGUCUUUCCAGCAUUAUUUUUUUUAUAUAGUGGAAGGUUUUGGUUUUUUUAUUUUCUGACAGGAUAUCAGCAAAUAUCUGUAUUAUACAUGGAGCUAUUCUGACGGUACUUAAAAUAAUGUAAAUUUGAAGUCAUUGUCAUGAAGUAAUAAAAGUGGAGAUUACUUAUGUAUUUAAAUUAUGAGAGAGUAAUGCAGAUUUUUUAAUUAUGUUUCUAAAGAGAAGAGGAAGAGCCACCAGCAUUUGUCUCUGCUUCUAGGGUUGUUUUUGUAAGUAUUGUGCAUCUUGAAUCCAGAGGAAUUGCAGUAUCUAAUGUAUGAGACUGCUUGCACUGCAUCAGUCUGCAGGGAAUGCUCAUGUUUCAGAUGCUUUAUGCUGACAUUGUAAAUGCUGUACAAAGUCCUUCAGAUAAAAUUCUCUCAUCUCUUAUGGUUUUUUGAGGGAUGUUUUCUUUUGUUGGGUUUUUGUUUUAUGUUAAAGCACUUUAACAACCAGUCUACACAUCCAGAGGCACAUCCAUUAAGUAAAGGAAAAACAUGUUAAAUUAAUAAAUGUUAAUAAACGUAUAAGCUACUACACAGGGUCCCCGGUACAGUUCUGCAGGCAGAGGAAGCUUAAUACAGAAGAGAGACUGCUUUCAUCUUGCACUAAGUGUGCAGUUCUGUGUACUUUGAAAACUAAGAUAUUUUGUUGUAUAGAUUGAAUUUUGGUUCAAAUUUAAUUUCUGAGUAUUUGAAAUUACGUUGAGAUAGUUUGAUGUGCAGUUUCUUUAAAAUGUUAAGUAGACUGCAUACAUACUUUUUGAAAACAACAUUACAAGGAGUAUAUUCAACAACUACCAAAUAUUUUUGUUAACAAGGAAGAAUUAACAACUAAAUACUUUUCUUUUUUUGCAGCACUUCCCCCCCCCGCUUCUUUAUGUCAAUGUAAGCUUCUGAAAGUAAACUCAAGUGCAUGCAUGAACUGGUAUGAGGUAGCAAAAUAUAAAAGCUCGGGCAUUCUCUGACAUGGUACCAUUCAGCUGGAAGUAUUAACAUCUUUGAGGACAGGAGAAGCAAAAGGAGUGAGGGAGUAACAUAUUAACUUCUGGAACAGAACACGGAUGGAACAGCACGUCAGGUAUUGCCCUUAGAUGGAAAUAAUGGAGAUAACUUGAGGCCUCUGACUGCUUUGUGUCUGUGCCUGUUGGCUCUGCAUAUACUGUUGCCUGCCAUGUUUGUGUUGUGACAGGGCCUGCACACCUGCACACUGUCGGUCCCUUUACACUGCACUGAUGAAACAUUUUUCUUGAGGUUACAGACAGCUCCAUGCCUUUGUGUUGCUUGUUACCAUGAAAGUAUACUUUUAGCAGACUGACUGUGAAAUGGAGACAUUCCUGAGGAAUGGGAAGUGGUGACGUUCCUCUCUAUUGUUCUGUUGUCAAUAAAAAGUUUUGUAUACCUGC